AUACCAUAAAACAAAAAUUCAGUAUUAAAAGAUUAUCAAUUCAUAUACAUUUUUAAAAAUUAUCGAUUGUUACGAAUCUAAAGUGCUACUCAAAACAACAUAAAAAAAAAUGCUGAUGUUGUAUAAUAUACGAUAUAAGGAAAUAUAAAAAUACAAAUUGCACUAAAACUCUGGAGCUAUAUGAGAGAACAUGUCAGGAUGUCAGUUAACAACUCUCGUGCUCUGCUCUCGUUUGAACGAAUAUAUGAUUUAUUUUUGGUGUAACAAAUACCAACUCGGAGGUUGAACAGUGUUAUUGUGGUUUUCCAUUUGAAUUAAUGCAUGAUGGAAUCCGUGAUUUAUGUCAAAGGUAAAGAAGCUUAGAGGAAUCCAAUUAAUAAGCACCCAGAAGAGAGCUUGUGAUGUCACAGAAAUGAACGUGAAAACAAAUGUUUCGAUCCUUCAAGAGAUGAUGGUGAAGAAAGGGACGCAGCCAAAUUAUGAUCUGAUCCACGAUGGGGGUGGAACGCACAUAAAUACAUUUACAUAUAGAGUAACGUGCGAUGGCUUAAUGGCAACAGGAACGGGGCGAUGUAAGAAAGAUGCGAAGCAUACAGCUGCAAAAAAUAUGUUGGAAACAAUAGCAGCAGCAAGAAGUCUGCCUCAAUUGCCAGCCACGCCGGUAGAUUCACCGGUAAGAACACCGUUGCCUGAAAAACUACCGGCUUCGCCAAAAAUUUCACCCAAUGAACCAUUCCUCAAUGCGAUUGGCGAACUCAAAGAUCUUUGUGCGGAGAACGAGCUCCAAGAUCCCGAGUACAACAUGAUCAGUGAUGUUGGACCCCCACAUGCUAGAAUAUUUACUUAUCAAUGCGUAGUAUCGACUUUUAAAGAGGAAGGCAGGGCCAUGACAAAGAAACAAGCGAAACACGAAGCUUCGAGGAAAAUGCUCGAAAGGCUCAAGGAUGUGGUGUCUGAUCUUACAGACAAGGAGAGUGUGUACGCGAGUUUGAAGAAAGACCAGAAGGAAGUAGACCUGAAUGCUUCGAAUUUAUUGGCAAAAUCAAUCUACCCUGAGCUCACCAAGACUCAUCCAAAAAAACCGAAUCUCGGUGUUAAGGUAGCGGAAUUUCAUUCGAAAUUGAAAAAAUCCUUCAAUGAGGAAUCUGUACCAAAGAGGAGCGAAGUUGUCAGUAAUCUUGAAUCUCUCGUUCAAUACGCUCAGGACAACGAAGAAAAGUGUUAUUCGGACUAUCUUGACAGUAUUCAAUCGAAAUUGGCAGAAUUUCUCAAUUUAUUAAAUAUGGAAUUGUGCUAUGUUCUCGAGGGGUGUGACAACGAAGUUAACAAAAUAUUGUUCCUCAAAGUAAACUCAAUACCGGAUAUUGUUGAAAUUGAGGUCGGCGAAGAUAUUGUUGCCAUGAAAAUUAAUGCUAUAAAGAAAGUGCUAAAAAGUUUUCAACUUUUAUUGGAAUAAAUUUGUUGUGCGGAAGAAAAAAAAAGACAAAAAGGGGAAAAAGUUGAAUAUUGCCCUUUGACAGGGACGUGUGAUAUCAAUUAGAUAAAUCGUAUGUCGAAUUAUGAAUAAAUAUAAAUUUAUAUAUUUUUGUUUUGCAUUUUAACUUUAAAUUAAAGCGAUUGCGAUAAUUUUAUUUUAAGGUUCUGUAUUUAGAGAUUAUCCUCUUCUGUUGGAAAUAAAUUUUUUCAUUUUCACAACAA